UGUGAAAUAAGCACCCAAGUAUUAUACAUAUACGCACAUACAUAUGCUGCUCUUUCUGGUUUUCCUUGCUUCCAGAGUAACUUAAAAACUUUUAAAAAGGAAAUAAAUAACAAUAAACCCUUUAUGUUAAUCUACCAGCCUUGCUUGGGAUAUUAUGAUAUCAUCAAGAGUGAAGUGCUCACUGCCCACAAUGAACACCGUAGGACUUGGACAGUUCCAGAGUUCAUCGAAUCGGAGGAACUCUCCCAGGAGGCUCGCGACAUCUGAGUACCUUGAAUAUAACAGAUCAAAUAUUGUACGAGCAAGCUAGGAAACAAAAUAUUCGUGUGGAUCACCUGGCUUAUCCCGUAUCGGAUUCGGAGUUUGAAAUGUUUUCAGAGAACAUUUGCGAAUUUCAAAAAAACGUGUGUGUUUAUUAUUGGGCUACUGAAGGAGCAGUUUCCUAUGGCAUUGCCAAGGAGCGUAGAACCGAAGUUGAACAAUCAUUGGCUGACAAAUUCUCGGCUAUCACGUGGAAAACAACGACAGAGAUCGGUGUUGGAUGGGCACCAAAAUAUCGAUCAAAUAAGAACGGACGAAAGAUAUUGGUUGUGCGGUACAGUCCAGCAGGAAACCAGCCGGGAGAGUACGAAAACAAUAUAGAAAACCCCGAAUUCCUGGAAUACUUUAACAUGCCAGCAAGGGAGGAGCCCGAUACAGCGCACAGUCACAACCAUUCGGCUAAAUUAAGUAAUGGUGUAGUAGAUGUGCUAGUUUAUAUUAUGUUUUUCGUCCUAGCCAAACUAGAAUGCGACUUUAAGUGCACUGGUAAUUCCUUUCUUAUAAGCGGUUGAAACCGAACCAUGUAAAAUUCAUAAUUGAGUAAAGAUGGUUGGGUUUAUCACAUUAUAUGCCAAAAUUA